AUGCUUGCGUUGGUCCAAGAACUUCAGGCAAAAGCCAGCGUAGAGGUUGCCACAUGGUCCAAGGAGCAAUCUGAGAGUCUCUACGCAAAGGUCCUUCGCAUAACAUCAGAAGCCGAAGAGAUCUUCUACGACCACUCUCUAUCGACUUGCCUUCGGGAUAUCUUUACACGAUGCCCGAAUGUAGAUUCCGUGGAGAUCACGCUCGCCAACUCUAUCCGGCGUGGCACUCUUAAAGAGAACAAGGCAUUUCAACGAAGUGGGGCUAGUGUAUUUGGCGACAUUGACUCGGCUACUUCCGGUGUCGAUGCCCUGACUCAGCUGGUAUCGGCUGCGCUCGCCGUUGACUUCAGACCCAGGGUUCUGAAGCUUGGGGAUGUCUCGCACUACGCAUUUAUGAGCAAAGCUCUCUCGGACCAGCUGAAAAUUCUCUCUACGGACCUUGAGGAAUUGACAUGGAAGUUCGCCGUUCCGUUCCUUGAUGACGACGAAAUUGAUCCGGAGGGAUUCGAUGAAAUGGUGCAGGACUUCGAACGAUCCGGCAAAUUCGUCUCUCUUCUGGAGGGUGCACCCAAGCUGAGAAAGCUUGAUUUGGAGCUGCCCUAUAGUGACGGGGCUGACGAGCUCAUCAUGCUGGCGCGGGUCGUCGGCAAUGUAACGUGGCCGCUGCUUGCGCACGUUCAACUUUUCAAUUUCGACACGACGGCUGCUGAUUUGAGCGGUUUCCUACUACGCCACAAGGACACACUGACAAGCGUGUGCGUCGGAGAAGUACGCCUCCUCGAGCACGAAGAAGACUCGCAAGACCUGUGGCCAGACUGCUUCCUCUCCUUCGCUGGCAAACUUCCCAAGGUCCAGGCAUUUGACUUGCGACGGAAGUUUAAUACCAACUGGACAGAGUUCUACGAUUUCGGUGACUUGGAGCGCAAUGCAAAUAACAGAUACGGCAGAGCUAUCUCUGAAUUCCUGAUCGCUGGAGGAGACCAGCUGCCGGAAGUUCCAGAACGGGAGGAAAGUGAUGGCUGGUCUGAUGAUGACGAGGACGACGUGCUUCAGUCGGCUGUUGGUGAUGAUGCUGAGAACGAGGAGAACGUCGAUCCGGAUCGCUAUUUGGGUCUCAGUCAUACAGGUGCUCACGGCUUCUGCUUCCGUGAGAGCUGGAUCGGACUGCCGCCUCUCUCCUUCCGGCCCCGAUCGACCGAACGGAUUACCAUGGACGAUCUUCCUGUCGAAAUCCUCGAUCUGAUCUGUGACUUGUGCGGACCGCGGGAGAUCAAGAACUUGCGAUUGACAUGUCGGAAAAUACGAAGUGUAGCGGAUGGGCACCUGUUUCCAGAGAUUGUAGUCUUUAUGAAUCGCGACAGCCUCGAGACAUGCAAAGAGGUCGCCGCACAUUCCGUCUUCUCAAACACAGCCCGGACAUUGUGCAUCCAAGCAGAUCGCCCCAGGAGGAUGUCAUUCUCGACAUGGCACGAGGAAGUCAAAGACCUAAUCGAGGGUGGGUAUCCCGCGUCGGAGGUCGAAGCCUAUGUCCGCGAGGAGGAGAUACAGCUUACCGAGGAGCAACAAAAUCAGUUGAUUGGGAGGUUGAUCUUAAGUGACGUUCGGGAAGAGCACCCUGACUCUCUCGUGGAGAAAAUUGAAUAUCGCUAUGCCCAAGCGCUCCGACUUACUUCCGAAGCCGAAGAAAUCAUGUACGACCGGUCUCUUCGGAACUGCCUACGCGAAAUCUUUAGUCGCUGCACCAAAGUCGAGAGGGUCGACCUGACAAUGAACGACUCCAUGAGAGAUACUACUGCAGGUCGGAACAAAGGCUUUCGAUCGGGAAUGCUAGUUCCUCGAAGCGAUCUCGAGCUGCGUACAUCCGGACUCGAUGCUAUGAUUCAGCUCGCGAUGGCCGCGUACGAGGUCGGUUUCAAGCCCACAGUGCUUUGUCUGGGAGACGUGUCCUAUGCCGUCUUUAUGCAUGAGUCUAUUAUAGAACCAUUGAAGGCCUUCUUCGCCGAACUGGAAACACUGCAAUGGGCAUUCAAUCCGGAAUUUGAUAAGGAUGCCGACGUGGUGGAGGACGCCUAUAGAGCCAUGCUGGAUGGCUUCGAGAAUACCGACAAUUGUGUCUCCCUUUUAAGGGCUACAACGCGGCUAGAGCGACUGGAAUUCGAAUUACCCGUCGACAUCAGCACUGCGCGAAACGUAAAACUAACAGAUAUCUUGGGAGACAUUAUUUGGCCACGAUUGACCCACCUCCGGUUGACCAACUUUCAAACAAGCCCGGAUUACCUCAAAGACUUGUUGCUGCGACACAAGUCGACACUGCAGGAUGUUUGCUUGGGAGGCGGGCAUCUGUUCGGAGACGAAGCCAAUUGGCCGGACACUCUCGCCUCGUUCGCAGGAAAGCUCUCCAUGCUUCGGAGGUUUGCAUUACGUGGAAAUCUCGGCCACAACUUUGAACUCUUCUAUAGCUUCGGAGAUUUGUUUCGCCCGCAGGAUAAGAAGUAUGGCCGCCAGAUUUGUAGAUAUAUUAUUGAUGGUGGAGAGCGGUGCCCGCCGAAGCCUACACUGCUUGAGUCUCAGGACAGUGAUGAAGACGAUGGGACCGAGACGGAGCAUGAGAGCGACGAUGAAGAUGAGCCUUGGGACGCAUGA